CACUGUGUAUAUUUUUAAGACCCUUUUACUAUUUUUUAUUUAUUUUUAUUAUUAAGAUCUUUUGUUUUAGAUACUCAAAGCUCUCUAUUAGGGUUGCUCUUAGACUUCUAAACCUAUAAACACGACACUGCAUUAAACACGACAUAUAGUAUAAUAAAUAUAUUUGGGAUAUACAGUAUACUUAAUUAUACAGGAUUUUGAUGAGUUAAACAUACUGGACGAAAGUUAAUUAGCUCGCUGGCUGAAUCUCCACUGUCAGUAUGCCACCACAGGUCUCCCUUUGAUGAGUUCGAUCUCCCAUGUUGGAGUUGAAGAAGUGUGGUCUCAGUCUCUCAGACCACACGAGUAGCAUACAAAAACAAAAAAAAAAAAAAAAAAAAAAUACUGUAUCCACAAAAUGUUUCUUUUGAACUCAACUGAUAAUAAUUAAUAGAUCGGGUGUCCAUAUAUUACCCUUAAGAGUUGUCUUACAUCACAUGUGAUGAUGUUGAUGUGAAUAGGCGUAUCAUCCGCGUAUAUUAACUAUAAUAUAAUAAUUGAAUUUCUAAUAAAAACAGAUGAUUUUGUUGUGCUAUUAUCUAUCUACUCUGGAGAUUUCCUGAUGAAGAAAACACCAGCAAAGUCAUUAUAAAAUUCGACCGUCCAUUUGAAGACGUACACGUCUUUAUGGUCAAACACCAUUCACCUAACUUCCUAGAAAACCACGUAAUUAAACAGUGCAUAUGCCUAAUUACUCAUAUGCAACCCCAAUCAGUUAAUAGACUUAGUAAAAUUCUAGGCUCUUACCAUAUCAAUUCUCUUUAAAUUUGGACACGUCUUCCCCUCUUUCUCCCUCUCUCUCCCUCUAUAAAAUAACUUUCAAAGCUUGCCUCUUACGGAGAAAAAGUGCAUGCAGAGACAAUGGGCAAUACGAAUUCGUUGUGUGGGAGUAAAAGGUUUCCCAACUACGAGAAAGCCCCGGUGGGUUCUUUUGGCAACAACUCAUCUCACGAUGGUAUAAAAACAAUUGAAACUGUUAAGAAUUGUAGUUUUCUUAGAAAAUCAGAUCUAUGUAUCCGUAUCAUCACAUGGAACAUGAAUGGAAAGGUUUCAUAUGAGGAUUUGGUUGAGCUUGUUGGCAAAGACAGAAAGUUCGAUUUGCUUGUCGUUGGCUUGCAAGAGGCUCCCAAAACCAAUAUUGCUCAACUUUUGCAGACAGCUUUAUCUCCAACUCACGUGCUUCUUGGGAAGGCGAAAUUGCAAUCGAUCCAGCUAUACUUGCUUGGGCCAAAGAAUUCACAAACAUUAGUAAAAGAACUAAAGGCAGAGAGACAUUCAGUUGGAGGAUGUGGAGGUCUAAUUGGAAGAAAGAAAGGAGCCGUCGCUAUUCGUAUUAACUACGAUGACAUCAUAAUGGUUUUCAUCUCUUGUCAUCUCUCCGCUCACGCAAAUAAAGUAGAUAAAAGAAAUGAGGAGUUGAGACACAUAUCAAAUUCACUUUUAUCAAGAGACAAAAGGACACGUGACCUCACUGUUUGGCUUGGAGAUCUUAAUUAUAGAAUCCAAGAUGUCCCUAACCGUCCUGUUCGAUCCCUUAUACAUAACCAUCUUCAAUCUGUUCUUGUGAGUAAAGAUCAGCUCUUGCAAGAAGCUGAGAGAGGCGAAAUAUUCGAAGGUUACUGCGAAGGAACUCUAGGGUUUAAACCAACUUACAAAUACAAUGUGGGAAGCAGCAACUACGAUACAAGCCAUAAGGUGAGGAUUCCAGCUUGGACAGAUAGGAUCUUGUACAAGAUCCAAGAUACCGAAAAUAUUCAAGCGACUCUUUACUCUUAUGAUUCCAUAGACCAAGUCAAUGGUUCCGAUCAUAAGCCCGUGAAAGCGGAUCUUUCCUUGAAGUGGAUUGACAAUUAGACGAAUGAAUAAAGUAAAGGUUCAGAAGAUAUGCAAUGCUGCAUUGUUGGCUCGUUGCUAUCUUGAGAGUAAAUAGUAAGCAAUAUUUCGAGUUUUUUUGUUAAUUACUAGUAUUAAUAUUAUAUUCGUAUUUCUCAAUAUAACAAAUCGCAAGUUCGUAACUAUACUUCAAUAUAUAGCGCGUCUUUUUGAAAGUCUCGUAUAUGUGUCACAAGUUUCCUC